GGAAGGAGCGUCGUUGGACCAAGUUUUGACCACGUUGCUCUGUUUUUGUAAUGCGGCACUCUUUUCAGCGCCUUUGCGCCCGCAACCUCUUCGUCGCCGCGGCAACCUCUGUCCCGGCUGUCGUCGGCACACGCGAAGACCAAGCUACGCGGAUGCAUCAGAAGUGCUUGGACCCUCAGGUACCUCCAAGCGAUUUGGUGCGCUUCUCCAGUGCGCUUCUCCCUUUCAUCGCAGACGGUUCAAUAGAGCUGCGCCAGCAAAUGCAGCUGCUGAACGCGCUGGCCACUCGAUCUGUACGCCACGAAGGCGUUAUCCAGAAGUGCCUAUGGGAUGUUUUCAAGGCUCCAUUGCCUUGCAGCAGCACCACCGCCUUCGCUCCAGAAAACGAAAGUCUCUCCUUGAUGGAGUUGUCGGCGUACACAAGUCGUGCUUUCCGACUGAUGGCGGAGCAGCAAUUCUUGAACGACCCGCAAAUGACGGCGAUCGCACUCGGACGCUGCGUGGAGCUGGCAACACAUCUGACGAUGCGUGGCGUGUGCGACGCCUACAAAGGUUUGCGGGCCGUGAGCCACAUGUUUUUCAGCACCGCAGACGCGGCCCACCACGACAGUGAGUUAGCGGAGAACAUGACGAUGAAGGAGUUCUACCAAAAUGAGGAUGCACCGGAUGCGAGGACGCUGCGCAAUCAGCCAAACCUGAUCGAUGUGUUGUGUGGUGAGCUGGAGAUGCAGCUGCACCGCUGCGCUUGCGUUUUAGGGACGAGCAGUGACCUUGCGGGGGGUGACCACACACAGCUCGUCCUUUCUUCAGACGCUGCGCAGACUUCCAUUUCUCCCCCUUCCUCUCCCUCUAGUGUGGCGUUGGGGGAGCCACGGUGCUUUCUCGACGUGCUCGACUCUCUCGCCGUGGUGGGGGUGCAGCACGCCAGCACGCUGGACUGUUUGGCCUCUCUCGUUCCCCGUUAUCGGUCCAGCACUUCUUCCGGCUUCUUUAUCCAUGCCCUCCACCACGCCGCACAAAUCGACGAGCGGGUGGCCGACCCUCUCGCGUACGAGGAGACCGCUAGCGUGCAGGACGCGCGGCGGCACCUCACGCAGCGCCUCAGCGAGGAAAUCCAACAGAUGCCCGGAGCUGCCGGGUACCUGCGGCACAACCCCAGCGAGUUGCUGCUCCUGCGGCGGCUUUUCGAGCGGGAGGCGGUCAGUGCCGCACUUUCGCCCGAGCUGUGGGAUACCGUGCGCACCAUCCGCGUUGCACACCGCCACACCGUGGCCGAGUCGCAGCGGAGCUCGCGACCUACUGGGAAGCUCUUUGACAAGAAGUACGCCAUCAAGGUGAAGCCCAUCUCCGUCGACAACUCCGAGACGGAGCGAUUCGUACCGCCGGAGUUCAAGACGUGGCGCAGCCCCGCUGCAACGCCGCGUCGCGAACACCCCCGUAACGGACGAGCACCACGGCGCAUGGCGUUCGGCACGCGGCGCAUCUCGAAGAACUACAUCAAGGACAAGCGGAAAAAAUUUUGCCCUGCUGUUUUUUAA